AUGGGGAUGUGUAUGAGUACGAGUGGGGAGGAGUCGGAGCAGAAGAAAAAGAGCAACAAGAUCGAUAAGGAUCUUGAGGAGGACAUGAAGCGGUUACGGAAAGAAUGCAAGAUCCUUCUGCUCGGCUCCGGCGAGAGCGGAAAGUCCACGAUUGUGAAGCAGAUGAAAAUUAUCCACCUUAAAGGCUACUCACAGGAAGAACUAGCUGCCUACCGCCCAACGAUAUAUAAAAACCUUCUCGAAUGCGCCAAGGCGCUCUGCGGCGCCAUGCGCGACUUUGAGAUCAAGCCCGUGCGCCCCGAGAACGAAGAAUACAUCGACUAUCUUCUCGACUACUCUCUUGACACAAACCCACAGGCCAGGAUCGACCCCAAGGUCGGCAUGGCCGUCCAAUCAGUAUGGAAUGAUCCUGCAAGGGAGCAGGUCAUGGAGAGGCAAACAGAGUUUUAUCUCAUGGACUCGGCAGAAUACUUCUUUAACGAGGCCUUGAGAAUCGUUGGGCCGAAUUACCUGCCUUGCGAGAUGGAUGUGCUUCGCGCCAGAACAAAAACGACAGGUAUAUAUGAGACGAGGUUUAAGAUGGGUCAACUUAGCAUUCACAUGUUUGACGUCGGCGGUCAACGAAGUGAACGUAAGAAGUGGAUCCACUGCUUUGAGAAUGUCACGUCCAUCAUCUUUUGUGUCGCCCUCAGCGAGUACGACCAGGUCUUGUUGGAAGAGAGCAGUCAGAAUCGCAUGAUGGAGAGCUUAUUGCUAUUCGACUCGGUGGUCAAUUCGAGGUGGUUCAUGAGGACGAGCAUCAUCUUGUUCCUCAACAAGGUCGACAUCUUUAAGCAGAAAUUGGGCCGGUCGCCGCUAGGCAACUACUUCCCCGACUAUUCCGGCGGCAACGACGUCAACAAGGCGGCCAAAUACCUUCUGUGGCGGUUUAACCAGGUCAAUAGGGCCCAUUUGAACUUAUAUCCCCACUUGACACAAGCAACCGAUACCUCCAACAUCCGCCUCGUCUUCGCAGCAGUCAAGGAAACCAUCCUCAACAACGCCCUCAAAGACUCCGGCAUUCUCUGA